UGAAAGCGGGACAGCGGAGAGAGAGCUCGGCUCUGACACUGGGGGGAGUGGCCUUAUUGCACUUUGCUAGUUAAAUAAGCAAUAAAAAUACAUAUUUCUUUUAAUUUGCGAUGGAAGCUGACAGUUUUGUUUUCUUUCUCCUUUGCUAAUUGAGUGAAUAACGUUAUCGGAAGGUUUUCGGAGAGAUUUUCGGCAUCUUGUUUUAUUUUCUCGCUGUGUUCGGACAUUUCUACGAAAUUAUGGCGAAAACAAAACAUGUACUUUUGGAUUUUAAUGUCAACAAACUCGCCUGAAGCCUCACCGUUUCUGGUGCCUACGUUUCCACGGUAACGGAGCGCGCGCCGGGCGGAUGUGCGCGCGCCGCCAUUUUGCGCACAGGUGCCGCUGUUAAGACGAAACAAAACAAACCCGAGUUGCUCGUGCGCGGAUUUUGAAUGCCUUUGCGGGGAGUUUGCUGGUGGCUGUGCUGCACGCGAGGCUUCCGUUUGUUGGGGCGCGAGCAUGGAGGGAGAGAAGAGGAGGAGGAGGAAGAGGAGGAGGAAGAGUCCUUCGAGUUGCGCAACAAGGAGGAGUGCACGCGCCGCGCGCCGGGCCAACUGGAAGUGACUCUUUCUCAGCCGUCUCGAUCAGCCAAUGGCACGCCCAGCCUGUCAGGUAUGUCAGAGGACAAACUGAUAAACGAGGGGAAAGUGAAGAUGGAGGACGACCCAGAGGUCCUCGUUAAGGGCUGGCUGCUGCGUGAGGUGCAGGCCGGUUGGAUCCGAUACAGGAGGUUCUGGUUCACUCUGACCGCAGACUCUCUGGAGUGUUACAGCGGCCCUGAGAAAGACGCUCGCACUGUGGGCAUGCUCGUCCUCACCUCACUCUGCUCCGUCCUCUGGCCGGACAAACACACCUACAAACAGACAGGUUACUGGAGUUUGACUGUGUUUGGGCGGAAACACUGCUACAAGCUCUUCACGAAACACUUUAACGAGGCGGUGCACUGGGCAUGUGCAGUACAGAAGGUCAUCGACAGCAAAGCACCAGUGGAGACGCCGACUCAGCUCCUCAUCCGUGACAUAGAGGAGAACAAAUUUAACCCCGAGGUGGUGGAGCACAUCUACCAACACAACCCCAUCCUGACGUACACACAGAGUCCUCUCUACGCUCCUCUACUUCCUUUCCCCUACGGCAGCCUGGACCACUUACAUCUAAGUGGUAAAGGUUACGUGUCUGUGCGAGAGGAAGCCGUCAGACUCUUUAACUGCGUGCAGCAGCUGGAGUUGGAGCGAGAGCCCAUCCCUCUGAUCCAGGGCGUCCUGCAAACCUGCCUCGACCUCCGACCCCUGAGGGACGAGCUCUACUGCCAGCUCAUCAAACAGACCAGCAUCGCACACACUCGCUCACACACGCACACACACACGGACACGCAGACGCAGGGCAGUACCCGGCUGCGCUACUGGCAGCUGCUGACCUGCGCAAGCUGCACCUUUCUGCCCAGCAGCCCUGUGCUCCGAUACCUGCGCUUCCACCUGAAAAGGGUGCAGAGUGUGUGUGUGGACUCGGAGGUGGAGAGCUACGCCUCUUUCAUCGCCCAGGCUCUGGAGAAAACACGCUGCCGUGAGUGUGUUCCGUCCUGGGAGGAGAUCCAGGGCCUGAUGACGCGACAGGAGAUGGUGUGUACCGUCCACUACCCCGGGCCAGGCUGCUGCAGGAUUCCCAUCAGCUCACACACUACUGCUAACGAGGUGGUGAGGAAGGUGGCGGAGCGUCUCGGCCUGCAGCACAGCCGCAACACCUUCGCUCUCUUCGAGCAGAAAGACUCCUGGGAAAGGGCGAUCGGGGGCGGCACCAUCAUCGCCGAUGUCAUCACCAGGUUUGAAAAUCUGUCAGCGAAGGAGUCAGACCCGGAGUGUCAGUGGAGGCUGUGCUUUAAACUCUACUGCCUUCUGGACACAGACAGCAUCAGCACAGACAGCAUCGAGUACCUGUUCCUGUACGAGCAGUGCCAUGAGAUGGUGGUGCGAGGUCAGCUGCCCGUGUGUGAGGAGGACCUGCUGUCUCUGGCCGCUCUCAGGCUUCAGGCUCUGCUUGGUGAUUACGGAUCGUUGGCUCCGUACCCGACGCUCGAGCAGCUGUACCCGGCGCGGGCGCUGGAGAACCGGGCCCUGCUUCCUCCUGCCGAGGCUCCCGGGUGUCCUCCGUUCCCUGCCGGUCUCCUAGGGGCGCUGUGGGGUCAGAAGCGGCGUGACGGACAGGAGCAGAGACAGCGGGCCAGGUUGCGAGACGAGGCCACUGCUCUGUCGACCAGCAUCAUGGAGCGGUGGAAGUCUCUGUCCGGGUACAGCCGCGCAGACAGCAUGGCCGCCUACCUCACCAUCGCACGCCAGUGGCCAGGCUUCGGGUGUACGCUCUAUGAAGUGGACUUCUAUAUGAGUUCGAGCGGGAGCUUCUCUCAGCGUCUGUGGCUGGGUGUAGCCGCUUCCUGCGUGUCUCUGUAUCGCCCAGGCGAGGCCGAAGCCCUCGAGUCGCUCCCCAUCACGCAGAUCUGCUCAUACGGCGUCUCCGACAGCAACACCUUCACCAUCACUGCCACCGACCGCCACCUGCUGUUUCACACCUCCGAGCUGACUGAGAUCAUGCAGCUGAUGAAUGCCUACUUCAGUGCCACCCGACGCCAGCUGGCCAAGGACGACUGCAUCACCAUGGAAACCAGCUCCAAGCUCCGCCCCUCCCUGCUGGAACUGCCCUCUCACCCGGUUUGAAGAGACACGCAGCCGAUUCUAAAGAGGCCCCCAUCCAAUCGCUCCGCCCACUCUGUCCAAGACGUAGAGACUCCAUCCGUCCUGAGAUGCACGGCCGAGAGAUGAGAGAGAGCAGGACAGGAUGGACAACGGCCAAAGAUCCCAGAAUUCCGAGCACGCUCCUGGCCUGGCUGAUAAAAAGCCUGAGAGAAACUCAGCUGAAUACGCUGAAGACAAUGAGAAAACACACACAAACACACACUGUGACACACAGACACGUCCAUUUUGGACAUUUUAUGGACGUUUCCUUUCAGCAGAGAACUUAAACCGCCCUACUUCAUACUCCCUACGAACUACAAAGUGCAUUAUGGGAUUUAUGGACACUUGCCACAGUGCAUUAUGGGAUUUCACAACUGCACUUCAGACUCAUACAAUGACAAGUGCACUAUAUAGUGGAUAGGGUGCGAUUUGAGACACGCAGCUAGUGUAUGUGUGGGUGCACGUGCAAACCAAAGCGUUUUUUUUUUUUCUUUUCUUUUCUUUUUCAAACAAACCAUCUCCGUUAUAUAUAGAGAAGCAGCCUUUUUGGAUCUCGGGAAUGUGAUUUCUGGAGGUCCGCUUCAUUGUGGCUCUUCUUUGCUGAGAUGAUGGAGGCCUUAGAGCAGGUGUCACCAGAAAUCAGUUUCAUCGUCCCGUAAAGAAAUGCAAAAUUUCCCACACAGUGUCAUUUGCUGUCUGAAGCUUGCUUCCGGUAAAAAAAAGAAAAAAAAAAAAGAAAAGAAAAAUCCAGGCCUCCCUACUCGACUCAUAUGAAGGCUUAUGUCAGGCAUAUGUAGGAUUUCUGUAGGAUUAAUAGCUCACAUGCAGUGCAGUGCAUAACCUUACCUGAAUAAUCUUAGCAUCUUCUGAGAUUGUCAUUUUGCUUUUUAUAAUAUGUAUAAUGUUACUUUGUUUUUUAUUUAUGGAUGUCUAUCUGUAUGUUUUUUUUAUUACUUGUUUUUUAUAUAUCCUUAAGAAGUGUAUAAGUGUAUUUUAUUCCUUUAUUAAUCACACAGAGCCCGGGAAUAAUCAGUCCCGAUGUACAUAGUUUGUAUAUUUCUUUUAACCCGUAUCGAGAGGGCUACCCAAAAAGGCAACGCGCAUCCAGAUCGCAAGAAACGCCGCAAUCAUCAGCGUUUAUUUCGACACGGACCAAAUGUAUGCGGGUGAUCAGAACAGAUCGGCGUUUUUGUCCUAAAAUAACCACCGAACUCACACGUUAAGCUCGAGUCGAGUUCGAUUGUUCGUCCAGCUGUGCCUCAGAGAGACUUGCCACCUGUGCCUGUAACAAAAAAAAAAAAAAACUGAACAUAUAGUCAAGUCUGAACAUCUGAGUCCACUCCCAAGAACUGCUAUUUUUUUUCAAAGACAGAAUAAAAAAUCAAUAUUUCUUAAUAAUACGCUUCAAAAUCAGCUUAUGGAUGAUAACAUAUACUAAACCGAGUCAUGUCUUACCUGAAGAGCAUCACACUUCAUACCUGACAAUGAAAACAAAGUGCCAACAAAAUCACCUAGUGCCAUAUUAGAGAGAAAAAAAAUUGUUUUUAACAUUCACUAAAAAAAAAACAAAUAGAAAAAUUAAAACUAGUGAGCGUUCAAAAAUUAGUGACGAUAUCAAAGUGUAUUGUGAUGUAAUUUAUCGCAAUAUUAUCACCAUUAGUGUCAUAGCGCCCAGCCCUAGUUAUUAGUCAUCAUGAUCUGUAAUUCUGUACAAAUCUAGUUCUGCUAAUUGCUGAAAUAAGAACAGUUCUUGCUGUAAUUAAUUUUAUUAAAUUUUUUUUUUGGACAGGACUCGUGAGUGUCUGCAAGUCGUUUUUAUUUCCUGUUAUGUGUAUAAACGUCGUUCCUUUUCCGCAACGUCCCUUUUUUCCCCGUCCAACAGCAUCGCCACUCUCCAUGCGUCACUUAAGCAGCUGCAGGCAGCUCCGCCCACCGUCUUAAAGCUUCACGCCGCAUACGCUAACACAAAGUGUGUUGAGUCGGGAUGCUGCACGGUACUGCGCCGUGUUGCGCGUCUGUAGCCAGUUGCACUAUUGUCUGUACAGCUAACGUGAAUGUGCAAUAAUAAAGAAUGAUGGUAGAUACUGUAUGUGAUUAAAUAAUAAAGGCAGCACCAUUGGACUAUC